AUGGCGGCCACGUUCUUCGGGGAAGUGGUGAAGGCGCCGUGCCGAGCCGGGACGGAGGACGAGGAGGAAGAGGCCGAGGGGAGAGCGGACACGCCCGAGGACCGGGAGGUGCGGCGGCAGCUGGCGCGGAAGCGGGAGGUGCGGCUCUUUCGAAGACAGACAAGAUCAUCUUUGGAAGUUUCUCUGCUGGAAAAAUAUCCUUGCUCCAAGUUUAUAAUUGCUGUUGGAAACAAUGCAGUAGCAUUUUUGUCGUCAUUUGUUAUGAAUUCAGGAGUCUGGGAAGAAGUCGGUUGUGCUAAACUCUGGAAUGAAUGGUGCAGAACAACGGACACAGUACAUUUAUCCCCCGCAGAGGCUUUUUGCGUGUUUUAUCAUCUAAAGUCAAACCCCUCGGUUUUCCUUUGCCAGUGCAGUUGCUACGUCGCGGAAGAUCAGCAGUACCAGUGGCUGGAAAAGGUUUUUGGCUCUUGUCCAAAGAAGAAUAUGCAAGUAACUAUUCUCACCUGUCGACAUGUUACUGACUAUAAGACUCCAGAAUCUACCAGUAGCCUUCAUCCUCCUUUCCUGAAAGCCCUAAAGACACAGAAUUCCAAAGAGUCUCCAUGCUGUUCCCUGCUGGAGCAGCCGAACAUCGUGCACGACCUCCCUGCAGCAGUUCUGAGCUACUGUCAAGUAUGGAAAAUCCCUGCCAUUCUGUACUUGUGUUAUACUGACGUGAUGAAAUUAGACCUCAUUACAGCUGAGGCUUUUAAGCCUGUGCUUUCUUCCAGAAGCUUGAAAGGUUUGGUUAAGAAUAUUCCCCAGAGCACAGAGAUACUGAAGAAAUUGGUGGCAACAAACGAGGUUCAGAGUAACAUUUACACGUGA